CCAAACCGUAUCACUUGCUGUAGUGGAUUUUAUAUAACAUAAUGGCAGCCAAGCUUAUAGUAUUCCUGUGCGCGGUGGCGGCCGCCAAAGCCGGAGGCCUUUACGGCUCUGCUUACGCCGCGCCGUACGCCUCGCUCGCGUCGUACGCCGCUCCAGCUUUAUCGCCGUACGCCGCUGCCCCUCUGGCGUCCUACGCUGCGCCCGUAGCCACAUACGCCGCUUCCCCGGUUAUCAAGAGCUACGCCGCGCCAGCCCUCCCCGCCUACUCCGCGCCGAUCGUGAAGGCCGUCGCUCCUGCUGUGUCAUCAGUGUCAUCGUACACGACUCAUACCGCUCAUGCCGCGCCGGUGUACACUAAGGCGGUAGGGCCUGUUGCUUCUUACGCCGCCGCGCCUGUUGCGACUUACGCCGCGCCCGCUCCAGUGACCUACGCCGCGCCCGCUCCAGUGACCUACGCCGCCCCUGCUCCCGUCGCGUACUCAGCGCCUGCUUACGCUCACGCUGCCCCCCUGAGCGCGUACGCCCCGGCGCCCCUGGCGUCUUACGCCUCAGCUCCACUCGCCUACUCCGCCCCAUUGGUCAAAUCGGCAUUGGCGUAUUCGGCAGCUCCCGCAGUCUCCCAUGUGGCGUACAACGGCUUGGCCAAUUAUGGCUGGUUCACCCUCCUUGUCUGCCUGUUCGGCCUCGCCAGCGCUGGAAGCCUUUACGGCGGCGGGCUUGGCUACAGCUCCCUCGGUUACGGAUCCCUUGGCUACGGCAGCGGUUACGGCUACGGUGGCUACGGCUACGGACAUGACAUCGGCUACUCCGCCCCCAUCGUAGCCAAGACAGUAGUCGCCCCUGUAGUCAAGACCAUUGCGCCCAUCUCCUACGCUCCCGCCAUCUCUCAUGUCUCUCAGUACAGCUACCACGGAUCUCCCAUCGCUGUGAUCGCUGCCUGCCUCUUCGGCUUCGCUCAUGCUGGAGCGCUUAGCUCCGGUAUUGGCUACGAUUCAAACCUCGGACAUGGUUCAAGUUUGGGCUAUGGCGGGUACGGCAGCUAUGGUGGUUACGGCGCUGGACUGGGUUACGGAAGUUACGCCGGCCACGGUGGUUACGGUGGACUUGGAUAUGGUGGAUACGACUUAGCGGGCCACGGUCUCGGUCACGCCACUUCCCACGUAUACGCGUAUAAAAGCGAAAGCAAGUGCUCCGAAAAGUAUUCUGACAAGAACACUCAUACAAACAUGUACGCCAAGAUCGUAGUAGUCCUGUGCGCCGCGGGCAUCGCCUCCGCCGGCAACCUGCUGCACGCCGCGGCGCCCGUCGCGUAUGCCGCGCCCGUCUCCUCCGUGUCGUAUUCGACGCACACCGCGCACGCCCCCGUCGCACAAUACGCCGCCGCUCCCGUCGCGCAAUACGCCGCUGCCCCCGUCGCGCAGUACGCCGCUGCCCCCGUCGCGCACUACGCCGCUGCUCCCGUCGCUCAAUACGCCGCUGCCCCCGUCGCGCACUACGCCGCAGCCCCCGUCGCGCACUACGCCGCUGCCCCCGUCGUCAAAUCCGUCGCCCCCGCCGUCUCCUACCAGAGCAUCUCCGCUCCCGUCUCUUACGCCGCUCCUGUGGCGACUUAUGCCGCUGCCCCCGUUGUGCACAAGACCAUCGCCGCACCCGCUUACCACUCUGCUUACGCCGCCGCUCCCUCCGUCCACGCUUACCAAGCGGCUCCGGUAGCCACUUACGCCGCCGCCGCUCCCGUAGUCAAGACCGCCGUCACCUACUCCGCUGCCCCUGCUGUCUCCCACGUCUCUUACUCCAGCGCCUACGGUAACUACGGCUGGUAAAUUAAAUUAAGACUUGUUACGUUGUGAUAUUUAUUUUUUCAGUUUUAUACCGUCUGUAAAUAUGCAAAUAUAGAAAGUGAAAAAUA